UUGCCAUCGAGGAGUAGAUUUAACUGUCUGCAGCUUCACUAACCUUUAUUGCACACCGCUUUGAGGCUCGUGUGCAUAUUGGAGGACAUUUGCGAAAUAAGUUUGCGGUAAGAUAAAGAAAUCGUCCAAGCUUUUGGAUUACCAUAUUUCAACACCGAUCGUCCUUUGGCUAACUUCAUCUUCUACACGUUUACUACGGUAGCUCACGUUGAACUUUAGUUUUCUGACAGAGUUGGCCGGUAAAAAAGGAUAUUUGUAAUUACAAACAGAUUCAGCCCCUCUCUUCUUAACUACUUUUCCUAAUUCGCUCAAAAUGGAUCCUGAAGAGCAAAAGAUAAGCCGAGGCAUUUUGCUAUCCGAAACUAGGGGUAUCUCUAACGAAUACGGUGGCGAUAGCACUCGCGAGGACCUCGCUAGAAUCGACUCCAGCUCACCAGCGACAGAGACACCGCCCGCCAAGAAGCCGAAGCGCGAAUCUCCGUGCCCUGAAAGUAACGGCAUCGCCAACGCCGAGAGCAGCUCCAAACCAAGCAGUACAGUAGGCAACGAUGCUGCACCUAGCGUUGACUUUCCGCCAGAAGCAGGAGGUACUCAGCCGGAUUCUCAAGGUCGAGAUGAGAUUGUUAGCUUGUAUAUUUCUCUCGAGCCAAUCUCCACAAAAGUGCCACAAAUUCCAAAAUUGACCGAGUUUGAGGUCAAACAACUGGAAGCAGUCUUAGAGUUCAAGAAUAGUUCAGAGUGGCGAGAUGAUUGGAUGGGUAACCUCGCCUUUGCCGAUCUAGACGUGGGCAACCCAGCUAUUAGUAGUAAAUCACGGGACAAACAACAUACUUUCCGCCAGCCUUUGAUCCAAUGGGCGCACAAUGAUCAAUCGAACGCCAAAUACGUGUGGUUUUUGAUUUGCCAUGUCUAUAACAUUCCAAGUAUUCCUCCGGCAGCCAGAAAAAUUCUUGGGGCCGUGGAUUUACGCUCCUCUGUUAACAUGGAAAAAACUUUACGGCGUGUUAUGUAUGAUCCCGAAGUCUUGCGCGAAGAUGGUUGGACUACCGCCAAGUCAAAUGAGUACAUAGGGGCGACCGGUGGCCCACACAACAUUGGAGAGCAGAUCUAUUGGGAUGGUAGCAAUGCCGUCGUAAUUGCCUACAUUCAUGACCCAGGAUUGCGCGUUUCAGAUAUUGGCGACCUUUGGAAAGCCAUUUGGGCUGGCAACGACGACGACGAUGAUGUACUCACGACCACCUUUGAUCUCGAAGCUGAAGAGCUACUAGAAGCGAAGCGAAAAUGGCAACGACGGCAAAGCUCAAGAUCUGGAGGAGGUUUAUCGAGCUCACGACACCCGAAGAAGUCGAACGUAAGCGACGAUUUCAACGUUGCCGGGGUCGAAUUGGGGAUAGUUCUUGGAGCGAGUUACAGUAAAGGUGCCCGAAACGGCGUUUACUGGCCGGCCCGUGUUAUGCACGCCUCUGAAAAGAUGGGCACGAAAUCUCAAACAAAAAGGCAAAGUAGCAAAAACAAGAUCGAUCUUGUCUUCCUUGCCCCCUACUGGAAUUCACUUGAGCAGUCUUUCGCGGCUAGGAAAGUGGAGGCGCUAUCUGAAAAUCGGAAAUCAUCGUUUCAUUCGAAUCCUUUGUUUCAAUUUGAAACUGUUGAAGCCACUGACGAUAUGAUUAAGGAGUAUCUUUAUCGCCCCGAGUGUGAAUUGGAUUUGCAACAGCUUCGCCUUUCGUUCCGAUUCACCGGUUUACCUAAGGGAGCAUUCUCUCGUUUCGUGGAUGCUCAUCGUCUCGCUCUAGGCUUGCAGAAUUACGCCGUUCGGCAUUUGAAGAAAAACGUAUCCGCCACUGAUCGUGCUACUGCUGGAUUGUUCGAGGCCCACCCACUAGCGGUGAGAGCGCCGAUAUAUCCUUCAAUCGUCCUUGAGCUUCCCUUCGCAUUUAUCCUUUCGCAGUUACCAACUCUUUCGAGCCAGUCUGGUUUUGAGCACGAAAGACACGAACCUGUGUUGGAACUGAAGACGAUUGUCGACUCUAUGAAGCCACCAUCAUGCUGGGGUAAGAACAUCAUCGCAGCACUCCCUACGUCAGCAGACGAGGGUCGAAACAUUCACGAGGGAACCGGCGAUAUCACUCCAUGGAAGAUUACUACUAUGUCUAACGGGAAAAGUUCGAAGAAUAGAGAGUAUGAAAUCGGGCAUUUUCUUUCAGGUUUGUUAGCUCUUCAGCAGGCGUUUGAUGAUCAUACUUCAUCGCCUGCAGUUCUUGGAGUCAUACACGAGUUCGACAACCUUUUGGUAUUAGUGUCACAGAAAAAUAUUACAACCGCUGGAACUGAGUCUGAGCGCACUUCCCGGCUUAAAGAUUUGGUAAGAAACUGGGCCAUCUUAAAAGGGCAUGGGGAAGAAGGGCUGUCGAUUGAGAAAUCAAGCGGGGAAAGUUUAGUUGUCUCAGAGUGGCACAGAGCAACUGAGCGUCUUUUCAAGUAUAUUGUGGAAUCUUUCUCUGCAAGCAUUAGUCGACGAGGAAUCUCGACUGUCUUUACCGACACACGGUGCAAUGGGCACAUUACGUCAAACGAUUGCUUCGAACGUGCAGUGAGACUUCCGGCGGCUUUGAAAGGUGCAAAACUUGCGGGCGCUGGAAGUGAUGAAAACUGUCGACUUAUCUCAGCAGUCGACGAAUCCUACCUGAAGUAUGUCGAACAUACACUUUUACCGAAAGCUCACGACAGUGCAUACCUGAAACGUAUGCGCGGACGAUGCGCAGCAGCGGUGAAUGAGACUGAAAUUCUUGUACUCACCGAAGAUUCGGAAGGCAAUGGAGGCAGUGACACUCACGGAUCAAAAGGAACAUGGGCGGCAGCGGUUACAGCGGUGGCAGCGGCCGUCGCUGCAGCGGAUAUGAUAGUAGGUGGAGAGUCAACAAACGCUUUCUGCGCUACGCGACCCCCAGGGCAUCACGCAGGUAAGGGUCUGCAUCCUAUGAAAGCAGUCUCCAAUGGCUUUUGCGUUUUGAAUGCUGUUGCCUGUGCAGCUAUCCAUGCGACUUCCUCAAUAUUGGAAGGGGGCCUCGGACUCAAGAGAGUGUGCAUUAUAGAUUUCGACGUGCACCAUGGAAACGGCACUCAGGAUAUUCUCUGCUCGACUUUCAACCCACAUUUUCUCUACGUCUCGAUUCAUGCGGGAGGUCCGCAUGUAAAUGGAGUAGCUAUUGACGACGAUCCAGAUCAUGAGCUACAUGAACUAGCAAGUAACCCAAAACAAGGCGGUGGCAUUUAUCCGGGUCGCUGCGGUGACACCUCUCCCCACAAAGGAGUAUUGAAUAUUCCGUUAGGCUCUAAAGUUACUGCCCAUGCCGUAGGGGCAGCUUUGUUGAGCACUGUAACUCCUGCUGUCAACAAAUUCACACCGGACCUCAUUAUUCUAUCCGCCGGCUUCGAUGCACACAAAAGUGAUCCAAUGUGCUUGGGAAGUUUAAACGCUGAAGAUUUUGGCCACAUCACCGAGGUUUGCUGUCAACUUGCAUACAAAUCCUGCAGUGGUCGAGUAUUAAGCGUACUGGAGGGAGGCUACGGUGUUCCCUGCUGCCGACCACAGAAGAAUGUAUUUAUUCCUUCUCCCGGUCGAGGCGACCGGGAAAUCGAGUCGAUUUCUCAAAAGCAAAAGGACGGACCUGAAUUGCCUCCAUCCACUCCGAGUGCUUUACAAAUACCCCGUCCACAGCCAUCGAGGUUAUUGCAGUUGGGAGAUGACUUACCGGAAUCAAUGGACGAUCAGGUUCCAUUCGCUCUACAGCGUCGGCUCGAGAAGUGCCAUGCCGAGGGUUUCGUCGAAUGCGUCAAGGAGCAUGUCGCCUCGUUAAUGCGAUGCAACAAACGCACGUAG